CCUCUCUCGCGUUUAUUCACAAGAAGGCAUGCUGGGAGUUGUAGUCCCUGAGUUUGAGGCGCUAGCUUGGUUUUCCGUGGUCUGAUGAUUCAGUCCAGUCUCGGCUCGAAAUGACAGCGAGAAAGUCUGGUUCACGAAUUGAGACCGAGAUCGAGCGGUGCCGCUCAGAGGGACACUGGGAUAAAAUACCGGAGUUAGUGCGACAGCUGCCGGCCAAACUCAUUUCAAACGAUGACCUGGGGGAGCUGCUGCUGGGGGAGUGUAAGCUUCAAACAUACCUGAAGGAGAAUCCCAUCAAACAGGGAGCCAGUCCCCGAGGUCUCAAACCCAAACUGGUGGAGGUCAGGAAACACCUCACUGCUGCUCUGGACAGAGGAAACCUCAAGGCUGAUUACCUGCAGGAAGCCAGUCUGCUGAUGGCCAAACUCUGCUAUGUGGAGGGAGAAUACAGAGACGCUUUAGGUCACUACAGCAGGGUGAACCUGGAGGAUGUGCAGCUGAUGGGCACGCCAGUCUACAGAUUGUCUCUGGUGGCAGAGGCCUAUGCCACGAAAGGUCUGUGCCUGGAGAAGGUCCCAGUGGCAUCGCCCUCACUGUCCAAUCAGAACAACGACUCUCCGUCAGCCAAUAAGAACUCGGUAGAGAGGGAGCUGGAGAUCAUCACCUGCUACGAAAAGUCUGGAGACAUCGCUCUGCUCUACUUGCAGGAGGCCGAGAAGGCUUUGUCUGCUGGGAUUCAGAACCGCAGCCCAAAGCCCAGCCCAGCGGCUCAGGACCAGGAGCUGGGCUACUUCCUGGAGACAGGCCUGCAGAGAGCACAUGUCAUUCACUUCAAAAACGGUAACCUGACACAAGGCGUGGGACGAUUUCGGGAGAUUCUGCGGGCUGUGGAGACCAGAACCACUCAGAACCUGCGCAUGACGAUUGCCAGACAGCUUGCAGAGAUUCUGCUCAGAGGGAUGUGUGAACAGAGUUACUGGUCGCCCCUCGAGGAUCCGCCCACUGCAUCACCACUGGACGAUCCCACGAGGCACGGACACACCCGUUCUAAGAACUACAGCCUUAGCCGGUGUCCACGGCUUUACUCCGGAGAGAAUCUGUUUUGUCCUCAGGAGAACACAGAAGAAGCUUUGCUGCUGCUGCUCAUCAGCGAGUCCAUGGCUAACCGUGACGCCGUCCUCAGCAGGAUUCCUGAGCACAACAAUGAUCGUAUUAUCAGCCUGCAGUCGGCGUCCGUGGUGUACGACCUGCUAACCAUCGCUCUGGGUCGACGAGGCCAGUACGAGAUGCUGUCAGAGUGUUUGGAGCGAGCCAUGAAGUUCGCCUUUGAGGAGUUCCACCUGUGGUACCAGCUCGCCCUCUCACUAAUGGCUGCUGGGAAAUCUGCUCGAGCCGUAAAGGUUCUGAAGGAGUGCAUUCGCCUGAAGCCUGAUGAGCCAACCAUCCCGCUGCUAGCUGUCAAACUGUGCAUCGGGCCCCUGCACUGGCUGGAUGAGGGAGAGUGCUUUGCGAAAAUGGUGAUUGACAUGGGGGAGAAAGCAGCAGAGUUCCGAGCCAAAGGCUACCUGGCCAUCGGGCUUGUUUACAGCCUCAAGGCCACCGAGGCAUCCCUGAGGAGCACGCAGGAGGACUACCAGAGGAAAGCACUGGGAGCCUUCCAGAGAGCUCAGAGUUUGUCUCCGACGGACCACCUGGCAGCAUUCUACUUGGCUCUGCAGCUCGCUGUUUCCCGACAGAUCCCAGAGGCACUGGGCUACGUCCGACAAGCACUGCAGCUCCAAGGUGAUGACGUUCACUCGCUUCAUCUUUUGGCACUGCUACUGUCAGCACAGAAACACUACCAUGAUGCUCUGAACAUCAUCGAGAUGGCACUGUCCGAGUACCCCGAGAACUUCAAUUUGCUGUACACAAAGGUGAAGCUCGAGACGCUGAGCAGAGGACCAGAAGAAGCUCUGCUCACCUGUAAACACAUGCUGCAGAUCUGGAAGAGCUUCUACAAUCUCACAAACCCCAGUGAUUCGGGCCGUGGCAGCAGCCUGUUAGACCGAGCCAUCGCAGACAGACGACAGCUCAACGCCAUGACUCUGCCGGACUUCAGCGACCCAGACACGGGUUCGGUGCAUGCAACGUCAAUAGCAGCUAGCCGUGUGGAGCAGGCGCUGUCUGAGGUGGCUUCAUCGCUGCAGAGCAGUGCGCCCAAACACGGGCCGAUGCACCCCUGGAUGACACUGGCUCAGAUCUGGCUGCAUGCAGCUGAAGUUUACAUCGGCAUGGCGAAACCCGCCGAAGCGACAGCGUGCACGCAGGAGGCUGCAAACCUUUUCCCCACGUCCCACAAUGUCCUGUACGUGAGAGGGCAGAUCGCCGAGCUGAGAGGAAACGUGGAUGAGGCCAAACGCUGGUACGAAGAGGCGCUGUCAAUCAACCCGACACAUGUCAAGACAAUGCAGAGACUGGGUUUGAUUCUGCAGCAGCUGCAGCGCUUCAGUUUGUCAGAGAAGGUUCUGAGAGACGCCGUUCAGAUCAACAGCACGGCCCACGACGUGUGGAACAGCCUGGGCGAGGUUCUGCAGGCUCAGGGUAACUCGGCUGCAGCCACGGAGUGUUUCCUAACAGCAUUGGAGUUGGAGGCCAGCAGCCCUGUCCUGCCGUUUACCAUCAUCCCACGAGCGCUGUGAAUGCGCACACGUCUGUAUGACCGCUGACACCUUUAGGGUUUUUGUUUGUUUUUUUAACAGCGAGGUCACAGGAAUUUAACUUGAUCUUGUCUGACCCCUGACCUUUGUGUGUUUGCAUGCACACACAUCUUUGUGCUAAUGUGAGCAUUUAUGUAAAAAUGUAAAUUAGAAUGCCAUGCUGAAAGUUGUUUUAUAGCACCCCCAUGUCACAUAGAUGUCAGCUGUAGAUCAUUUUUAUACACAUUAGCAGCCUGAGACGUUUGAGCCAAAUACAUUUGAACAAUGACUUUGUUUUUUUUUUAACAACUGUUGUGGUGGCUAAAAUAAAAUAGCAAGAGCAGGUAGCUGAGUGGAUCAGGAGCUGGCCUGUCUGUGUCCUUGUACAAGAGUCUACAUUGUCUCAGUCCAUGCAGCUGUACACAGGGUAGUAAGCUGUGUUAGACUGGCGUACUGUUCAGGGGCAGUCAGUCUACUUCACACCAACACCACCAGGCCUUGAGGCCUGUAUAGCACAGCAUGUUAGAACUGAAAGCUAACGCUAAUGUGGACAGUCAACAUUAACUAAAUUCAUCCCAGACUGCAGUUUAUUUUGCAAAUAAGAAGCUGAGAGAUUUCAAUAUUUCCAUGUUUGUAGGAACUCUGUGAAUUAAGAUGUUAAGAGUCUGACACCAAACUGUGAACGUCUCUAGCAGACUGUCCUCAAAACCAGAGGGUGUGUAUGAAAGGCGUGGAUGAAAGUGUGGGAAGCCACCAAGACAACACUGAAAGAAUUAAAUACCUUUUUUGCUGCUGUUGCUUCAGUCAGUUUUGUAGUGGAUCAGAACAGUUUAUUUAAAAAAAAAAAAAGUGCCCUCUGGCAUUAAAUCAGUUUUUGUGUGUGUGUGUUUUAGCCACAUCCUCAUAAAACCGGCCAGUCGAGAAGUGUCCAGUUACUUUUGGUCCUUUAACAUUUGAGCAGUGCUAUGAUUCCAGAGACUUACAAUUCCUUCAAGGUCAUCAUUUACUUUUAACUCUUAAGUUAUUUUAGUGGUAUGUAUCCAACCUUAGUGGAAUAUUUAUGCACAAAAAAAAAGUUAAAUGUUGCGACGUGCACUAGCCUAAUCCGUAUUUGUCACUGAUGUGUAGCUGCAGACGUUCUCAUGUUGUCAGUUAUAGUCCUCUUUAAAUGACAGUUUGGUAAAAUAGCUUUAUUUUUACAAUAAUUUUUAAUUUGUAAAAUGUCAUGUGGUGGCACAGACUGAGCAGAGGGGAUUAUGGGUAAAGAAACCCCAUUUGUCUUCAUACAGUGUGACAGUGAUUAAAUGAUCAGCUAUAGCAGAUAUUUGUGGAUAAAAGCCUCAUCCAUAUUACAAUGUUUUUUUCUUAAUGUAAAUUAAGACUUGGUGUACAUUUGCCAACAGUGUAUUAUGAGGAAAAAAUAAAUUCUAUUUUCUGGACAAAGGUUACUGAUGGACAUUUUGAAUUUCAAGAAUGUAAUGACUGAAAUUCAGAUUUGAAGGACAAAUAAAAGUGAC